AUUCAUUCAUGCUAGUCACCUCGUUCACAGGGUAGUAAACCUGUACAACCAUGCCCUCCUCACCAGACCACCUCGAGGUUCCAGACGACGAUCAGAAAUUCCGCCGAUCUCUCGAUGGCGGCCGCGACAGCGAGAGCCAACUCGUCAACUGCUUCGCCACGCCUCCUCGGUCGAGAGCAUCGUCCGUGACUUCAUUCCUCAGCAAUGUCGACUUGAAACCCCGUCAAAACCACCUUCCACAACCUGUGCUUGAUCUGCUCAACGCAAAACAACUCGACGUCGACGAGCACAGCAUCAUCUCCUGGAGACAAGACAGCAUAUCUCUUCCACGAAACUGGACCUCGAAGCAGAAAAUUUACUAUACGGCCGGAAUCUGCCUUGCUCAUUUUGCUUCCUCGCUGUUCGGAAACACGGGCUCUACAGUCGCGAACUAUGCCAAGGAAGACUUGGAGAUCAGCCAGACUCUCUCCAUUUUCUCGUUUGUCACAAUGUACUGGAUUGGCCAAGCUCUGGGAUCAUUCAUCUUCCCGCCCGUGAGCGAGGUCUUUGGCGAUAAACGAUUGUUCUCCUGGGCUGCAGCAUGCUUUGGUACGACUUGUUUGAUCGUCGCGACUGGACCAAAUUUGUGGUCUGUGCUACUGGGGAGAUUCCUUUCAGGCAUGGUGGCGGCUGUACCGAGUGUCGCUGCUCUAGGCACUUUCGAGCAUCUGUGGAACGCAAAGGGCAGAAUCUGGCUUCUCUCGGUCUGGGCAGUCAGUGGAGUUUUGGGAUUUGCGUUGGGGCCUGUGAUGGGGUCUCAUGUGAGUGAGACGGGCGCAGGAUGGGAAUGGGUCUAUUAUGGGGGACUCAUUGCCAACGUCGUCAUUGGCAUCUUCUGCUUCUUGAUGACAGAAACCCAGCCGAACCUCUUGCUACAUCAAGAAGUCCGCCAAAUCGAGAAGGCUACUGGAUUUGGCGGGCUGCGUCUGGACGAAAGUCAUCGUAUCCCAUCCUAUGCCGAAUUUGCGCAGCAUCAGUUGCUUCUCCCCCUCAAACUCUCCACUACCGAGCCCCUCAUCCUGCUCUCCACCCUCCUUGCGGCAUUCUCCUUCGGCCUUACAACACUCUUCACCGAAACUGUCCCCAUCGUCUACACAUCCCAAUUCGACCUCUCCCCUCAAACCUCCUCUCUCACCUUCCUCGCCCUGGCCCUCGGCGCACUCCUCUUCUCCUGGCUCCCGCGCGUCUACGACAUCCACCGCCACCACGCCUUCCGACCCAUCCGAUCCUCCACAAGCCCGAACCCUACGGCACCAGAACCCGAAAAGAAGCUCUGGAGUUACAGCUUCAUCGCCUCCCCAAUCUUCGUCCUGGCACUCUGGUGGUUCUCUUUCACAGUCCCGAACCCCGUCUUCGGAUCCAGUAAUCCCUCCGCCUGGCUCUCCAUCGUUCCUCUCCUAUUGAUCGGAUACUGCCUCGUGGAAUUCAACAGCAUUCUACCACUCUACCUCACAGAAGUGUACUCCCACCACACAGCUUCCGCAAAUGCUCCACUUCACGCCAUCCGCGCUCUUCUAGCGGGUAUUUUCCCUCUGUUCGCUGCGAAGGAAUUUGAUGCUUUGGGUCCUCAUCGCGCUGUUUGGGUUUUGGCUGGUAUUGCGACGGGUUUCUGCGGAUUGGCUGUUGCGACGAGGUUUGUGGCGAAGACGGUUAGAGAGAAGAGCAAGUUUGCGAAGAAGGUGGCUGAAGAGAGGGAGAAGACUUUAUGGAAGGGGAAUUUGGAGGUUGUGGUGGAGACUGAGGUGGAUGUUGUGAGGACGAGGUCGGUUGUUUGAAGAGUUGGUUAAAAGGGAUGCGAAGGAUGGAAGUGGUCCUGAGCAUGCCAUCGAUGGGAUGAUGAUUGGUGUUGUUGACAGGAUUCGAUGUUUGUGAAGUUGGGGAUGUUGCGUGCUUUGAUGCGUGCAAGGCGUAGUUCGAUGUUAUACCCUCAAUUGAUAUGCUAUACUCUUCCUGUAAAACACUUUUGUGGUUUCGA